AUGCAGCGGCUAAAAGACGUCAGGUCACGCGACCUCUCGAUCCCCGAGACCUCCACCGCCAACUCAUGGUACAUGACGCGCCUCCGGUCUGCAAAAGCUCCCCUGUUCACAGAGCUCAAAGGCAGCCGAGUUCUCAUCGGGGAGGGCGGGUUCGGCAAGGUCUACAAGACAAUUGAUCAGGCAUCUGGCAACCCCUUUGCAGUCAAGGAGGUCGAUCUCAGAGGACAGGCAGGCAUGGAUCCGGAAGUAGCGCGAUCUGCUCUACACCGGGAGAUUAAGAUGAUGGAAACGGUCUCGCAUGACCAUAUCAUUGAAUGCUUGGGGACAAAGGACUUCCACACCGACAAGCCGCUCAUCUUUAUGCCCUUGCGCCAGGGGAACUUGCAUUCGCUUGUUGGAGGGGGAAAGGCGUCCCAACCGCUCUGCACUCAAGUCCUGGACCAAAUGCUGAGAGCCCUGGAUUACCUCGCUUUCCGAAACUACUGUCACCGAGACGUCAAGCCGCUGAACAUCCUCUACCAGGUCCUGGGCCCAGACAAGUACCUGUUCCAACUGGCGGAUUUCGGCUUCGCCAAAGACUUUCGAGACGCAAAGACCUUCUGCGGGACCAGCCUGUAUCUCGCUCCAGAACUCUACAACGGCCAGUCCCAGACCCCAAAGAUGGACGUAUGGUCUCUUUUUGUCACCAUGGCCGAGAUUCUCCCAAACUGCGAUUUUCCGCCGAAGUCUGUGACCAGUCCUAGCGACAUCAUACGGGCUGCCCAAGAGGCCGCAGCAGGUGGCUGCCCAGAGCUCCAACCCACGGCAAGGGUGAACCCGAUGCUUCGGGCAUCGGCCGCUCAGAUGCUCGUCGCUUUGUUUCACGGCAAAGGUUUGACCACUCCGAGGAAUCAAAUCCCGCCUAUCGAACCGGACGUGCCGCAGCCGGCAGCCAUUGUCCUCCACGGGCAAGCCAGAUUUCGGCCCGCGCCCCCGCCCGUCAUCGAGUACCCUCGGCGUCGCCACCAAAAGCCGCCCCGGCCCGCGCUGUCGCCGGGCAACCUCCCGAACCGCAUCCCACAGAGGCCACUGGAGCAACAGCCCAUACGCGCCCAAAAGGACGGCAUCAGGAAACAACCGUCGCUGCGGGCCAAGCCGCAGGAGCGGCUAUUGGCGUUGCGGGUACAGCAUGAAGGAAUCCGGGCAUUAGACAGGUGGCUGCAGGAGAAGGAAUCACUGGCGAUCCAGCUGCAAGCUGAAGGAGUUCGGCGAUGGGCCGUGAACAAACCGGCACAGGAAAAAGAAUCGCCGGCGAUGCAACCAAAGCACCCCGAGAAGAUCCGACUGGCCGCUCUGAGAGGCGCGGGACCGGCUCACAAGGUCUCGGUUCCCAACCAGGUCGCGACUGCAAGCGAGAUCGUGACACCCCGGCUCCCUGGCAUGUUCCCAGAAUAA